CGCUUUUCAAUCCAUGAAAUCUAACGGGUCGCUGGGGAUGUCUAGCAUCAGAUAUCGUCGUAUCGAGACAGACGGCGAUCCAGUCGAUUUGUUGCAUUCAUCUUAGCAUCAUUGCACGACUCCAUCUGUCGCGUCGUUCCGAUCCUUAGCUCUCGUGACCCUGAUAUAUCUAUCUACAACCUCUCCCCAACAACGUUUUCCCUUUUAAUCUUCGCUCCCUCACCUUAAUAGCUAUACCAGCACCUCGGCAAUUAGUUCAGUUCAAAAUGUCAGAAUCAGCUGCUCCCAUCCAACUCCCCGUCAUUGACAUCUCCAAUCCCAAUGACCCCGCCGUGGGGAAGGCGAUGCUCGAUGCGGCCGCCAAAUACGGCUUUUUGUAUGUGAACAGCAAAGGAACCGACUUUACCGUGGGGGAUAUCGAAAAGGCGUUUGGUCUGUCGAGGAAGUUUUUUGCCUCGCCUACAGAGGAAAAGGCGACAUGUACUAUCGAGCCGAAUAACCGUGGAUGGUCAGGAAUGCAUGUGGAAACACUCGAUCCGGAGAAUCAGCGGACCGGCGACUUUAAAGAAGCCAUGAACUUUGGCGAGUUCAAAGAUGGCAAAGCCCAACAACCUCUCCCUCCCUCGUUGGCUCCCCACGAGUCCGAGAUCAAAGACUUUUCCUCUCUUUGCAUCAAGACCUGCGAUAGAAUCUUGAACCUCCUAGCCCUUGGCCUUGAGAUCGACCACGACUUCUUCACAUCCCGCCACGACCCCCAGAAAGGCGACUCAGGCUCCAUCCUCCGCUACCUCUACUAUCCCUCCAUCUUCUCCCCAGCCACAUCAUCCUACAAACACGACAAGGAUGUCCGCGCCGGCGCCCACUCCGACUACGGCAGCGUCACCCUCCUCUUCCAGCGCCCAGGACAACCAGGCCUCGAGAUCCUAACCCCAGAAGAAACCUGGGCCCCCGUCCCCGUCCAACCAGCCAACACCCAAAACGAAGACGACAACAGCGCCUUCCCCUUCCCGCCCAUCCUCGUCAACAUCGGCGAUCUACUCAGCUACUGGACCGACGGGCUCCUCCGCUCAACCGUGCACAGAGUCGUCUUCCCGCUCUCCGAGCAGCGCAGCCCGAACCCCCAGGACCGGUACAGCAUUGCGUACUUCUGUCACCCGCUGGAUAAGACCGAGCUGGUGCCUGUCCCUAGCAAGGUCGUCGCUGCUUACCGUGAGCAGAGAAAGGGCGAGGACGUCAAGGUCGGGUUUGGGGGUGGUGCGGGUUAUCUGGCGCCUGGAAAGAGACCUCUGACGGCUCAUGAGCAUUUGAUGUCGAGGUUGUCUGCGACGUAUGGGUUUUGAUGAGUCGUAGUUAUUUUACUGCCAUAUCUUGUUAAACUAGUAUAUAGUUAUAAACUAUGGAGUACUUUAUCUACUUUAUAA